AUGCCUCCCCUUCGCCCAGCAACAGGCACCCUCCGAAGCUUAGUCCGGACGCAGCACCGCUCCUACGCCAGCUCCAGCUCCCCGGCUGCUCCACACACAUCACCCUUCGCACCCCGACAUCUGCUUUCAAUAGCGGAUCUCACACCGGCUGAACUCACAACGCUCGUUCGCAAUGCUGGAAAGCAUAAGACAGACAUCAAGUCUGGCAAUGGCUGGCCCCACCUCUCAAGUGCGCUCGCAGGCAAGACAAUAGCCAUGACCUUCAGCAAGCGGAGUACGCGCACGAGGGUGUCGACCGAAGGUGCAAUUGCGGCAUUUGGAGGAAGUCCCAUGUUCUUGGGUAAAGACGACAUUCAAUUGGGGGUCAACGAGUCCCUCUACGACACCUCUCUCGUCCUCUCUAGCAUGACCGCCGCCAUCGUCGCCCGCGUUGGCCCCCACUCCGACGUCGCAGACCUCGCGAAGCACUCCUCCGUCCCCGUCAUCAAUGCCCUCUCCGACCUGUACCACCCCAUGCAGACCAUUGCCGAUUUUCUCACAAUCACCGAGAUCAACCCAUCUACCUCGACAACCUCGCUAGGUUUAGAGGGCAUGAAGAUCGCAUGGGUCGGCGACGCAAACAACGUCCUCUUCGACCUCGCUAUCGGCGCUACGAAGCUAGGUGUGGACAUCGCCGUUGCGACGCCAAAGGGGUAUGAAAUCCCUAAGGCGAUGCGAAGUGUCAUCGAGCAGGCUGCUGCGACCCCACCCCAGGGUAAGGCAGGGAAGUUGAUUGAGACUACGGUGCCAGAAGAGGCGAUCAAGGAUGCGGAUAUCCUAGUGACGGAUACGUGGGUGUCGAUGGGUCAGGAGGAGGAGUCCGCUAAGCGACUCAAAGCCUUCUCAGGCUUCCAGAUCACAUCUGAGCUAGCGAAGCGGGGCGGCGCGAAGGAGAGCUGGUCGUUCAUGCACUGCCUGCCUCGACAUCCUGAGGAGGUCAGCGAUGAGGUAUUCUACGGUCCGCGAUCCGUGGUGUUCCGGGAAGCGGAGAAUAGGCUGUGGUCUGCCAUCUCUGUGAUGGAGUCAUUUGUGGUGAACAAGGGAAAGAUACAGUGA